GGACUGCAACGAUGGUUCGCCCGACCAACCCAGCGAGCGAGCGCGCUUGCCAGAGAGCGAGAGCGAGCAACAGCGGCGUCAUCGACUUCUCUGUCCAUGGCCUGUCUAUAAACCCAGCCGGAAUCCUACUUUGGCACGCGCUUCCCUGCACGAUGUUCAAUAUACCGUUGUCCGUUGCAGUCGUCUGCUACAUUUAAAGCUUGUGGCCAGGCCCUAAUAUUGCUGAACUUCUUGGUAGAGGGCGCAGCGUGGUCUGCUCGUCUUCGCUCAGGUCGGAUGGUUUGAGAGGAAGAGGAGGAGGAGGAGGAGAAGCCUCUGAGGUUGCUGCGACAAGGGGUAGCUGAGGGGAAGCGGGAGUAGGCAAUGCGCAGGAUGGAGGGGGAUGGUGGAAGGAUGAAGGAGGAAGGGGAUGUGGGGUGAGCGGGAGAGUGUUUUGGGGGAGAAUUCUGGGGGAUUGAUUGCAUGUGGAGGUAGGAGGUUGAGGAAGAGGAACAAGAGGAGGAGGAGGAGGAGGGGAGAUCAGGUGGUGGUGCGGAUGAGGUGAUGAGGAGGGAGGAGAGAGGGUGGUGCCGGGUAUGUGUUCAUGGCCGGGGUGGAAGAAGUGGGAGCACGGCCCUCCGGCGCUCCAGCUUCUGAAGACGAGCAGAGUGGAAGCAGCGGGCGAGGGAGAAAGCGGGGAAAGCAAUCGGGUGGGAACAAUCAAUUAGCGGUGUUGGAACCGGGGCGGAAACCCCGUGGGCGACCUCCAGGAUCGAAGAAUAAGCCCAAGCCUCCCAUUAUCAUUAUGCGGGAGAAUGGACAGGCGAUGCGGCCACACAUCCUGGAGGUUGCGGGAGGUUGCGACGUGAGCGACUCCGUGGCGUCGUUCUCCCGGCGGCGGCAGCGAGGAGUUUGUGUAAUGGGAGCUAGCGGCACAGUGUCGAAUGUGACGCUGCGCCAGCCUACGACGGCCGGCGCAACCAUCACGUUUCAUGGGCGGUUCGAGAUCAUCUCCCUCUCCGGCGCAUUUCUUCCCCACCCCUCGUCGCAGCCUACCACGGGGCUCACUGUUUCUCUAGCCGGAGCCGCUGGGCAAGUGCUAGGGGGGAGCGUGGUAGGGACACUAAUGGCAGCGGGACCUGUGGUUGUGAUUGCGGCGUCGUUUAUGGGACCAACCUUUGUACGGCUGCCUCUCGAUGCUGAUGAUGAAGGUCCAAGCGGGGGGUUGACAAUUGUGGGUGGGAGCUCCAACCAGCCACCUCCGUUGGCUAUCCAGGCCCCCGAGUUAAAUUAUCCACCGGGGUUGCAGUCGCUCUACAACAUUGUCACACCACAGAACCCCAACCUGAACAACCCGCAGCAGCAGCAGCAACUGUCCACGCAGGAUGUGCUGAGUCACUGGGCAUCUUCCGGAGGCGGGGGCAGUGGUGGCCAUCAGCAUGGUCAUGGUCAUCAACGCGGACACUACUCAUGAUGCUAGUUGCGGGAUUCAGCGGUUCCCUUCAUUUUAUUUUAUUUUAUUUUUUUUGAUGCGGCUUGUUAGAACCAGAUUCGGAGGUCAUCAACUGCUGGAGGUGAUCAACCACGCUCGAGGGCUAGAUGAUUAUAUUCUCGAAUGAGUGGCAGUUUCCUGACUCUUUUUUGAUCACACAAUAACUACUGUCCACGUUCUUGGAUGCUUGCAAUUCGGUAGAUGAAGUUAUCCGCUGCCUGGUGACUUGUUAGGACAAGGGACCACUGGUGCAAUUGAUCAACGCCGUGCUUUACCGAGUUGAUUUGAGGCGCCACAAUUGAUCUCCCAGAAGCUAAGCCUUGGCAGCUAAUUGUGUAGCUUCUUAUGAUUCCUUUCAAUGCGAGCUCUUGCUUUGGUGGUCAUGGGGGAUGCAUGAAGAGACUCCCCACUCAGCUUACUCUGAAGAAGCCCGUGUUUCUGCUCGUCUGUGUAGGCACGGUUGUUGUAUCACAGCCUUUUUUUGGAUGCGUAGUAAAACGACUCACUUUUUGUCUCCAACUUUUGUCGCUUACUCGGGCUGUGAGCAUUCUGAUUGAUUCCUAACCAUUUGGCUUCUAUUAUUUCUCACCGGGAUUAGUCUUCGCAGUACCUGAAUUGUAGUGAAUAGCAUACAUAGUGAAAUAUAUAUAUAUAUAUAUAUAUAUAUAUAUAUACAUUGAAAUUACAAGUGAAUACGGGAUGGAUCAUUUCUGCCACGGAUGGUCUUGGGCGUGGUUAUCUCUUGCCUGUGACUUCGCUGUAGGCUUUGAUGAACUCUCUUAAUACAUUCAUGCAGCUUUAUGUCUA